GGAUAGUAGUGCACAUGUGAGACCCUGCAAAGUUAAAAUUCCUACAAGCAACAUGGCCAAUGAACAGCAUAUGGAGAGACGUUUGAGGCAAAUGUAUUUAAAAUCAACCGUACUCGUUUCUUUAUUUAGUCUCUUGAUCAAAGGUACGUGUUUAAUGUAUUAUGUGACUAGUCAAAACUACUCAUGAUGGACAUUCUUUGUUACAACUCUCCGACAGGGAAAUGAGGAGACAAAAUGUUUAGUGGCAAUUUAUUGGAAAUGAAUUAUAAUGUUAUUCGAGAGACAGUAGACGAGAUAAAUAUUGAUAAAUAUUUGUUUAUUGGUAAAUCACCCGAUUUUUUGUUUGUUUUGUCUUUUUAUUCUGCCCCGAUAAAACUGCGCAAAAUUAAGCUGGAAUGUCUUUUACAGACCCAAAGUUUUAACUAAACAGCACAAAAAUAGUGCCACGUGAAAGUACUGCUGAAGAGGUUUUAAAUGGUAACACCACAGUAUUUCAUCCACGGGCGCUCGGCCUCAUUCAAUAAUUUUUGAAUAGACAACGAAGGAUACAGUUAGUUAAGUAUUUUUUCUAACAGAACUUUCAUAUAUUGUUCACCUUCUUUCACUGUACAGAUGUAUCCGCUACGAAUAACUUCAGCCCCGACUGUAAGAUAAGAGAAUCUUGCUCCCAGUCGAGCGAGUGUCUUGUAAAUCAGAUUACAGUAGAUCCAAACUCUAAUGUUACCCUCAACUGCUCGAUCAAACCUGGGGGAGUGACAAGAGGAAAAAACUGGCGCAACCUUACCAAUGAUGGCAUGGUAUUACAGCAAAACAAUUCAGCAGGUGGAAAUGAGCGAUGUCGAUGCACCCACAUAUAUUUUGCACGUAAGGCGUGUUGGUUAAAAAUGUUGCCUUCCUUUAAUGUUUGAGUGUGCAUGUGUUAUUGCAUUAACCAGAAGCCGGUUUAACCACGAGGAGAACCAGGAUGCCAAAAAACCGGAGAGACAACUGUUUUCACUAACCAUUACAUUUUAACAAACCAGUUAGAAAAACCAAAACCCCUAAAAUGGCCUUUUUUACCUUAAUGACGUUACGUUUUUCUUUGUCACAUCUGUAUAAUGUGCUCAUGUGAGAAGCGGACCUUCCAUGCGCGGGAAAAGUACUCUAAAAUGUAUCUAAAAAUAAAAGGGUCCGUCAAAACGCCGUGGACAUAGGCCCAGUACGGGAGUUAAUCACAUAAUGUUAUGAAUGCGCUGUAUUAUAUUUCAGUAUUAUAUUCUAUUCCAGUAUGGUCUAGCACAUCUAAGAAAAAUACCUCAAAGCUGCAAGAAUGCAGAAUAUCCCAGUAAAAAUAAUUCCAAUAUAUGAAAAUUUAACCCUAUACUUGGCCAUAUAGUACCACAGGUUGCCCAAGCUCGAAAAUCAUCUGCACUCGGUUGCUAACUUUCACAAUAUAUGGAUUUGUCUGGGAGAAAAAACAAUUGUUUCUAUAACCUAGGAAUCUGAAAGGAUUUAAAUAAUAAUCGGCUAACCUCUUUUAAAUUGCGUGUUUCUCCUUCCUGUAUGAUUUCUGAUCCGAUUUAUGGCCAUUUAAUGAGUUUUAUGGGAACCGGUUUGCUCACCGGUAUAACACGAUGGUCUCAAACUAUUACAACACUUUGGAAGUUUUUUUUAACCCAGGAGUCAUUUCAUAAGUAGGUUGAGCAUGAUCGUCCGGGUGAAAGUAGUCCUGAAUAGGACUGUUGUUGACUGUGACUGACGUUUGGACAAGCCGUGUGGUAGUAAUCUUCAUAGUCAAAGUGAGUUGUAUAUUGUCAGUUGAUGGUAACUCUGGUUAUUAACCUGACUGGUCAAUUAAGUCGUGAUGUUAUUGGUCGUCUGACAGUUAAGCUGUGAUGUUAUUGGCUAUGAAGACUCUCAAAUGUUAUUGGUGUGUUUCGAUCCAUCUUUUUGUCACAUCUGAACUGUCUUUUAUUGUUAGUCAAAUUGUCGGUUAUCAUCCGUCAAUAAGCUACACGGUGCUGGUACACCAGCACAGUACAGACGAUUUUUCAAUUGUGAUAAAAAGACUGAUCGCACCAAUAACAUUACGAGUCCUCAUAGCCAAUAACAUCAAGGCUUAACUGACAGACGACCAAUAACAUCGCGACUUAAUUGAUCAGUCAGGUCAAUAACCAGAGUUAAAUAUCAUCAACUGACGUGAUACAACUCACUCUGAAGAUGGCUAUCGCACAGGUUGUCGAAACGUCAGUCACCGUUAACAACAGUCUUUAAUUCAAAACUGCGUUAACCCGGACGAUCGACAUACCAAACCUACUUAUUACAACACCAGAGGACACCAGAGGAUAUUAACAGAUUAUAGCUAGAUUUCGGAAAAAUUCCCACUUAUUUAUAAAUUUCAUUUCAUCGUUAUCCUGUUGUUAAGGAGCGGCGAUGUCAACAGAACAUGGCUCUAAAAUUAAGUUCAAAGUUAGAUACGUUGCUUGAUGCACUACAGCAAAAGUUAUGAAGCAUCAAACACGAAAGAGGUAAGACCUUGAGAAAUGGGCUCAGCCUCCUUGAAUGUACGUAUGUCAUGACGAUAUCAGUAUUUUGCUGUUUUAGGUAAACUGACGUACGUUGAUAGCGGCACUUGUUCAAGUUCCCCAAAAGAGUAUACACCUGACAGUCCAACAGAAGUUUGCUGUGCUUUCAGAGGAUGGCCUCUACCUCGCAUAAUUUGGAGGAAGACGAAACCAGAUUCAAAACGAAUCGUCAACGGUUCUGACGGUUUUUCUCUCUCAGCGAAGUUGGAAGGAAACGACAUGCUACGUUCUCUUCUUCGCAUAAGUAAAUCUAAAGAAAAACAUGAAGGGGAAUACGAGUGCAUUGCAGAAAGUAGUAUGCCUGGCUGGCCAAGUCCUGAACCUGUAAUAUUCGAACUGAGUCUUCAAUGUGAGUGGGGACCCGAGGGGGCCGGGCACUCCCUAUAAUGGCUAUGGGUGGUUCUGUCUGAUAUGGGUACCUUCUUCAGACUUAAGGUAUUUCAAAGGGCAGAAAAACUCAAGCUGAAGUAUAUCAAAGGGUUUGUAGAAAAUCUACCAUUCAAGUAUUUUCAAAAAGUAUUUUUUUGAUAAAUGAAAAUUCUUCAGAAAACGCACCUUAUCGCUAUGUCCUCUUAGGUGAUUAAAGUGCUAAAUGAAAAUGAUAAAGAGGAUGACUCAAUGUUUUAGCAAUUUAUUCUUAUUAGUAGGUAGUUUUAAGGAGUACACUUUUUCAAUGGAAGGUUAACGAAAGGGGCACCUUUUCUGUCAGAGAUGGUGUUUAACAGGUUAAGGGGUAUGACCUCGGGGCGGAACCUCCAGUCGUAAAACCUUGAUAAGUAGCCCCCUUCUCUGGAUUGACCUCAAUCACUGAAAAAAUCUCAAUUUAAAGUCUGUAUUAUCUAGAUUAGAGCAGGUAGACUCCAGAAAGUGGAUUAUAUAAAGCGCAAUUUCAGAUUUCAGUCCCUUUUUCAUAAGAGUGUUGUGAGCUGCAAAUCUCUCCUAGUCGAAUGAUUUUUUUUUGUAGGUACGUGAGAAAACAGCCGCCAUUUCGAGUUGCCACCAACAGAAUGACGUCUUAGGGACAAGGGAAGAAAUUUCAACACUCAUGACUUGGCACUACCCAGAUCUGGGUAUGGCCUCUGAUUGGUGGAAGCAAAGUGUUUUAAACAAUGGGUGGCGUCGCGAAAUGUAGCCUUUUUAAAUGCUAUUCUGAAGGCAGAGGUCACUGCCUUGGCGUGUGGCAAAGGGAGAAAACGUUGUAUUUGUUUUGAAAAUGAUUUGAAUACAUUUAAUGCUUAGCUACACAAGGAUCGUUCAUUUUACUAGGCCAUCGCUUAUUUUACUUCGGUCUUCCCCUCCGCUAUAUUUUUCUAGUUUGGUUUUGAGUUUGUUAGUCUUUGACAUGAUGAGUAAUACAGUGUAACUAAUAGAUAACCAAAAGAGGAAAAUGUUACUAUUACAAUCUUUUACUUUACCAACGACACGACGUUGUCUGUCUGGGGGGGGGGGUACUCCGUAUAAUGGCCUAUACGAGGAGGCUCCUCCCCCGGUAUUUUUUUUAGACAAAACUGAGGCCCUAGGGGACGGAAAAAGUCUUUUUGAGACCCUCCGCCCCCUUAUCUGAAGCUCUCGAUUCGCCACAGUUCGGGUAUAUGAAAGGGUAGGGAUUUCACUACUUGAAGUAUAUAAAAAAGGGUAGGGACAUCUGGCAUUUCGGUCGGUAAAAAUAAUUAAUUAUAUUUUCAAUUGACGUUUAUUUUAUUUGCUACCUUAUUUGCUUCAGGUCCGUUCCCCAAAAAACCAGAGAUUCCCUCUCCCAUGGUGACUGCAAGUGCGUAUUCCAACGCCAGUUUAAUAUGUUUGGUUGAAAUUGAUCCGGAUGGCUGUGCAGAUAGCCUAGAAUUACAAUGGAGGCAUUUGCGUUUCAACAGUUCAGUGCUAAUAAAAGGCGAUGAAAAGUAUGAAAUACAAGAAAAGAAGACGGACACCAAGUGCAAAAUAGAGUUUAUCCUUACUAUUAAUAACGUCACUAAAGAUGACGAGGCGAAGUACAGCUGUAACUCAGUCUGUAGAGUGGGUUCUGGAUACGUAAAGUCGGCCACCAUUGAGUUAACAGUAGGAGGUGAAGAAGAAGGUAAUUUCAAGGGUAUCUCCUUAAAACCAGUAACAGGCCCGGAACAGGCUAUACGCCCCGGAAUACCCUAAAAAAUAUAUCAAUUAAGACUUGAUUGGAUCCAUUGUGGGAUUUGAAGUAUUAACACGACUUGAUGUCAUGGUUUUGAAUAAAACAAUAAACGUCUGCUGUUCUUUUCUUGUCGGUGCUAGCAGGAGAGGGGAGGGAGGGGGUGUUUUGCUCACUGCGUAGCAAUGAUCCUGGAAUAAAGUAUUUAUUAUAUUACUGACAUGUACAGUACUGUGGUACCAUCGCCGGCGCGCUGUUAAUGUUCACAACCUUGUUUGAGACCUUAAAUGCAACAGGCUGCUGGUCCAAAUAAA